AUGAAGCUUCAUCCUGAAUGGGCCGUAUAUGAGUCACAACUGCAUUCCGCACCAAACGAGAAAGAUAGGAACCGCGCCUUUCUCAAUUCCGACGCCGGGACUCGACUCCGUGAAGAUGUACAGACGUCCGAAUCAUCAUUGGCUGCAAGGGAUGGGUAUCAGAUUCCAAUAAGAAUCUACCAGAGAGCAAAGAGUAACGACCCCUCGACGGCGUUGGUUAUAUUUUAUCAUUCUGGUGGUUUCACAAAUGGCUCCCUGGAAACAGAAGACUUAACAUGCCGACACCUGGCCCUUGGAGGACCGGUGACUGUUAUCAGCGUUGCGUACCGUCUCAGCCCGGAGUAUCUGUACCCUAUCCCCAUGAACGAUGGCUGGGACGCGUUUGUUCAUAUCCUCAAUAAUGCAGCGCAAUAUCUAGCGGGUCAGACAAACGCAGCGAGGGUUGUUCUAAGCGGAACGUCCUCAGGCGGACAACUGGCAGCGAUUGUUUCCCAGAAGGCCUCGCGAUGGUUCGCUGACCAACAGAGUAUCCCCAAAAGACCGAUAUUGACAUUUGCCGGUGUUAUCCUGAGAAAUCCAGUCACCGUGUGUGGCAUGAAGCGCGAUUAUAUUCCCCCGCAAUUUCAAGACUGUCAUCGGUCGUGGGCACCGGAGCUUGAGACCUCUUUGUUGGAGCGGAGUGAAAUGGGAGCCAAUCAUGAUGCACUGGGAGUUCCUGAAUCGGAGAGGACGAGUCCUGACGCGUAUCCCUUAUGGGGUAAUCCUGCUGGGGUACCCAAAGCAUAUGUGCAAAUCUGUGACGCAGACAUACUUCGUGACGAUGCAGUAUGCUAUGCGCAAGCCCUUAAAAACGCCAGUGUGGAUACACGAGUAGCUUUGUAUCCAAAGCUGCCUCAUAUAUUUUGGAUACACGCGCCCAAGUUGAAAAUCUCAAACCAGGUCCAAAGGGAGUGUGUUUCGGGACUGCGAUGGAUCUUGAAUAUAGAGGAGACCAAACAACAUCUACUUCCUAGUAUGGCUGAGGGCCUGUAG